AUGGGAAGUCUCCUCAACAAGCACGCCGUAAUUACGGGUGGCAGCCGUGGCAUUGGUCUCGCCAUUGCACACCGAUUCGCUUCUGAAGGUGCGUCUAUCACGCUCGUGGGCCGUGACCAGGCACGUCUCCAGAGUGCCCUCAAGAGUCUGCCGCCUCGGAGCCCCGAGGCCGAUUGGGAUCAUAACUUUCAAUCCUUCGACGUGAGCGAAAUGCAGGGGUGGAGCGAACUGGUGAAUAAGAUGAAGCAAUCGAAGCAAAACAUCGACAUCCUCGUUAAUGCGGCGGGUAUCACCCAAGACUCUCUGCUGUUCAGAGGAGACCAUGUCGAAAAUCAACGUAUCAUCAAUACUAACCUCAUGGGCACCAUGUUCGGUUGCCAGGUCACAAGCCAAAGGAUGAUCAAAAAGAAGACCAAGGGCUGUAUUAUCAACAUCUCCAGCUUACUAGCUGUCAAAGGGGGCCGCGGAGCCAGUGCUUAUGCCGCUUCAAAGGCAGGCAUUGUAGAAGUCGGCCAGUUCGGCAUCCGAGUCAACGUCCUCCUGCCCGGGUAUAUUCAGACCGAUAUGACGGAAUAUAUGAACCAGAAAGGUGGUCUUUCUGCUCAGAUUCCUCUAGGUCGUUUCGGAACGGCAGAAGAGGUUGCAGAUGCUGCAGCCUUCCUCGCCAAAAACCCAUAUGCGCAUAAUGCUGUGCUGAACCUAGAUGGUGGCCUGUCGGCAACCUAA